GGGAUUUGUUCAGCAGAGAAAGAGAAUGUUGAGCAUGGCUGGUCUUCAAAAUAUCGUCUCUACCUCGGCACUUUUCGUCAUUCUUACAGCGUCCUUGUGUUCAUGUGUUAAUAAUACAGUUCCUGUUGUUAUUUGGCAUGGGAUGGGGGAUUCAUGUUGUAACCCCCUCAGUAUGGGAUCAAUCAAGGGCAUGCUUGAAAAGAAAAUACCAGGAAUAUAUGUACGAUCUCUUAUGAUUGGCAACAACAUCUUGGAGGAUACAGAAAAUGGGUUUCUGAUGAAUGUUAAUGAACAGAUAAAACAAGUAUGUGACAAGCUUGCAAAUGAUCCUAAGUUGCAAAAUGGUUACAAUGCUCUUGGCUUUUCCCAAGGUGGACAGUUUCUGCGAGCAGUGGCUCAGAGGUGCCCUAAACCAGCCAUGCUGAACCUGGUUAGUUUUGGAGGCCAACAUCAAGGUGUUUAUGGUUUUCCCCACUGCCCUGGAGAGAGUGUAACCCUCUGUAACUAUGUCAGAAAACUGCUAAACCUUGGUGCUUACAUAAGCUGGAUUCAAGACAAUAUUGUUCAAGCAGAAUACUGGCAUGAUCCCUUGAAUGAAGAAGAGUACAGACAGAAAAGUGUUUUUCUUGCUGACAUCAACCAAGAGAUGACUGUGAACCAAAAGUACAAAGAAAACUUGAUGAAGCUCAAGAAUUUUGUGAUGGUCAUGUUUGCUAAUGACACAAUGGUGGAUCCUAAAGAGUCAGAGUGGUUUGGGUUUUACAAGCCAGGUCAAGGGAAGGAACUGUACACAUUACAAGAAAGCACACUUUAUAAAGAGGAUCGACUUGGCCUACAAGAAAUGGAUAAAGCUGGAAAACUUCACUUCCUAGCAGCCAUUGGUGACCAUCUUCGAUUUAGUGAUGAAUUCUUUAAUGAAAAGAUCUUGCCCUUCUUAAAAUAAGUAACUAUCAAUAUGUAGCUAUUUUCAAUCAUAUUCAUCGCUCAAAAUCAAAGUGACCUCACAGAUGAUGAAGUUUGAAUUAUAAGCUAUACGAAUUGUUAUUCAAGAUUUUCCUUAAUUCUGCAACUCAUUGAUGUACUGUACUAGCAUCUAUACACAAUAUGCAAGCUUACUUUAUAGAAUGAUUCAUCAGUGUCUUAUGUUAUCUUUAUGAGGAUAUAGAAAUUUCAUAAAUGAACUGUUGCAUCCAGGAAAAAUGCCUCAAGCAUGCUAGAAGAUGCCAUGUGUGAGAGUAAUGGCAUAACAUUUGCAAUGAUGCUGAUUAUAUACUUCCAGCUUAUGUUGGACAAUGCACACAACACACAUAUUAGUAAAAUUUCUCAAAAGCAAAAUUUAUUCCAUUUUUAAAUAUAUCAAUAUCAAAAACUUUUUUUAUCAAAAACUAAUAAAACUUAGGAAUACAAAUGUAUU